UGGGCUGCAGAUGAGGAGGAGGCGGCGGCCGCGGUGGCAGAAAAGGCGGCGGCGGCGGGGGUAGGGAGCCUGGAAACGCAAGCGGGGAUGGUAGGUAGUUUGGACCCGCCGGGCCGCCGUCGUUUCCAGAAAGGGUUUGACUGGAGGAACCUCUGGAGCAGCUGUUGUCUGGCUCCUCUAACUGAUGGCAUGUUGAAGUACAUGGGCCAGUGGCAGCGAGGGCAUUUGAUCCAGAGGGGUCCACUCUAGAGGUCAGGGUACCACCACCAUGGGCCAGUGUGUCACCAAGUGCAAGAAUCCUUCAUCAACCUUGGGCAGCAAGAAUGGAGACCGGGACCCCAGCAACAAGUCACACAGCAGGCGGGGGGCUAGUCAUCGUGAGGAACAGGUGCCACCUUGUGGCAAACCAGCUGGGGAUAUUCUUGUCAAUGGGACCAAGAAAGCAGAGGCUGCCACCGAGGCCUGCCAGCUGCCAACUUCUUCUGGAGAUGCUGGGAGGGAGUCCAAGACCAAUGCUGAGGAGUCUUCUUUGCAGAGGUUGGAAGAACUAUUCAGGCGCUACAAGGAUGAGCGGGAAGAUGCAAUUUUGGAGGAAGGCAUGGAGCGCUUUUGCAAUGACCUAUGUGUUGAUCCUACAGAAUUUCGAGUGCUGCUCUUGGCCUGGAAAUUCCAGGCUGCUACCAUGUGCAAAUUCACCAGGAAGGAGUUUUUUGAUGGCUGUAAAGCAAUAAGUGCAGACAGCAUUGAUGGGAUCUGUGCACGGUUCCCUAGCCUCUUAACAGAAGCCAAACAAGAAGAUAAAUUCAAGGAUCUCUACCGGUUUACAUUUCAGUUUGGUCUGGACUCUGAAGAAGGGCAGCGGUCACUGCAUCGUGAAAUAGCCAUUGCCCUGUGGAAACUAGUAUUUACACAGAACAAUCCUCCAGUAUUGGACCAGUGGCUAAAUUUCCUAACAGAGAACCCUUCGGGAAUCAAGGGCAUCUCCCGGGACACUUGGAACAUGUUUCUUAACUUCACUCAGGUGAUUGGUCCCGACCUCAGCAACUACAGUGAAGAUGAGGCUUGGCCGAGUCUCUUUGAUACCUUUGUGGAGUGGGAAAUGGAGAGAAGGAAAAGAGAAGUGGAAGGGAGAGGUGCACUCAGCUCAGGGCAAGAGGGCUUGUGUCCAGAAGAGCAGACUUAGCUGCUCUGUUCCAGGAGCAGCACUGAGGAUCUGCCUGCUGCCCUGCAGCCAAAUGAGGAAUUGGACCUUUCUGGAAAUUACUGAAGAUCCGGAUAUUUUCUACUCUACACCUUUCUCUGCCUUGUAUUUGA